AUGCCUUUUAGGGCUUGCUACCUUCAGGCAGUAGAGCUUUCGCACGAGCUGCUCUCAGUCCCGAUAUCCGCGCAGACACAAACUGAGAUGGGGUCAUGGAUCUUGCAGGGGGAUACAGAUGUCUCGGAUAAAGCAAUCUGGUCGCCCUCCUGGGGAUCUACUUUCCUGGCGAAUAUCGGUGACACCUGUGCAAGAUGUCCGAACAAGGAUCUCCAAGGAUAUCCUCUGAGCAAUGAGGAGCUUGCUGCCUGCAGCGACGCUUCUCGGUACUUACUACUAGCACCGGAAUAUGUCGCCCCUCGAAGGACCAUGCCGAUGAAAGAGAGCUCUGACCAUGCAUCCGCGAACAUAUACGCCACUCCAAAGGAAGCGUAUGAUCGAGCCCUCCUGUUUCUUAAUGACGAUCCGCAAAACAAUGUUUCAACCUCCUGGCGACUCAUUGACAGAGAAUUUGCUUUUAACGCAUCUCAACUGCGUAAGGACCUCGUCCUUGACCUUGAUGGUCGCGAGUUGGUAAAAGAUGUCAACGUCUGGGAUGGGAACGUAGUGGUUCGCUUUGAUGUUCAUGACACAGAAGAGUCAGCCAGUGGCGCAGUCGCUCUCAAAGUCGCACCGGUACUUGCCCACUAUCACCUCCAGAACGUGGAUACAUUGCUCAGUGUUGCCGCCAAUGAAACAGUGCAGGUGAACUUCCUCGCCCAGCUUGACAAGGGUCAAGAGAAGGCGGGGAUCCGAACGCCUCUGUUCUUCUCAUCCAAUGACAUCUGGGCCUAG